GUUAAAGGAACAGUUUUUAUGACAGAUGCCAAUGGUGCACUUGUUGAUAUUACAGCUAAAUCCUCAGCAUACCUUCCCCUCCAAGAAGCCUGUAUUCACAGAAUUAAGCAUGUGUCUGAGGCUGGCAUAUUUCCUGGAUUAACAGAAGAGUUUGUUGUUGUUGGUGAGAAUGCUGCAGAUGAUAGUUUGAUCCUGAGCUUGAGAUCCAUUCAGUAUGACCUUGCCUGGGAGCGUUGUAGGCAACUUCAAGCUGAAGAUGUUGUUGUAAAGGGUAAGGUUGUUGGCGGAAAUAAAGGAGGUGUGGUGGCUAUUGUCGAAGGCCUUCGUGGUUUUGUACCCUUCUCACAGAUAUCCACGAAAGCAACAGCAGAAGAACUUAUUGAUAAGGAGCUCCCUCUGAAAUUUGUGGAGAUAGAUGAGGAACAGUCUAGAUUAGUCCUCAGCAAUCGGAAGGCAAUUGCAGAUAAUCAAGCUCAGCUUGGAAUUGGAUCAGUGGUCCUGGGGACUGUUCAGAGCCUGAAGCCAUACGGUGCAUUCAUUGAUAUUGGCGGAAUUAAUGGGCUUCUCCAUGUUAGCCAGAUCAGUCAUGACCGUGUCUCUGACAUUUCCACUGUUCUCCAACCUGGUGACACCCUUAAGGUGAUGAUUUUGAGCCAUGAUCGUGAAAGAGGUAGAGUGAGCCUAUCCACGAAGAAGCUUGAACCAACACCUGGUGAUAUGAUCCGGAAUCCCAAGCUAGUUUUUGAGAAGGCUGAUGAAAUGGCACAAACCUUCAGGCAGAGGAUAGCUCAAGCUGAGGCAAUGGCUCGAGCUGACAUGCUGAGGUUCCAACCUGAG